CCCCAGGCUGCAGCUCAGACAUACUAAAGUGUGUCCCGCUAUGCGGGGUGCGGUGAUGCUUGGCCACCUCCAGCCUCCCGCGGAGAUCCUCCUCCCUGGCGGAUUCUGAACCCCCACAGCCUCCGGCCCACGCGCAAGGGCAGCACACGUGGUGACCUGCCUGGGGCCGGGUUCCCAGCUCCAGCUCCUCCUCCCUCCAGCUCUCGCUCGGCUUUCUGCAGUAUCACGUGCAGCCGCGCCGGGUGCAGGAUGGCGGCGGCGGCGGCAGCAGCAGCAGCAGCAGCGGUGGGUGUCAGGCUCCGGGACUGCUGCAGCCGGGGCGCUGUACUCCUGCUUUUCUUUUCUCUGUCUCCAAGGCCCCCGGCCGCCGCCGCUUGGCUGCUUGGCCUGCGGCCUGAGGACACUGCUGGAGGCCGUGUGUCCCUGGAGGGGGGUACCCUGCGCGCUGCCGAAGGCACCAGCUUCCUCCUGCGAGUCUAUUUCCAGCCUGGUGCCGCGGCCCCCGCUGCGCCGGUGCCCGCACCCACCCUUUCCCCCGGGGAGAACGGCACGGGCGAUUGGGCCCCACGGCUCGUGUUUAUUGAGGAGCCCCCGAGCGGGAGCGGCGUGGCGCCCAGCGCAGUCCCCACGCGUCCCCCGGGACCGCAGCGCUGCCGCGAGCAGAGCGACUGGGCGUCAGAUGUGGAGGUCUUGGGGCCCCUGCGCCCCGGGGGCGUGGCGGGCUCGGCCCUGGUCCAGGUGCGGGUGCGAGAGCUGCGCAAGGGCGAGGCAGAGCGGGGCGGCGCGGGCGGUGGCGGGAAGCUCUUCUCGCUGUGCGCCUGGGACGGGCGCGCUUGGCACCACCACGGCGCCGCCGGCGGCUUCCUGCUGCGCGUCCGCCCGCGGCUCUAUGGCCCAGGUGGGGACCUGCUGCCGCCCGCUUGGCUGCGGGCGCUCGGGGCGCUCCUGCUGCUGGCCCUGUCCGCCCUGUUCAGCGGCCUGCGCCUGAGCCUGCUCUCGCUGGACCCGGUGGAGUUACGGGUGCUGCGGAACAGUGGCUCGGCCGCCGAGCAGGAGCAGGCGCGCCGCGUGCAGGCCGUGCGCGGCAGGGGGACCCAUCUGCUCUGCACCCUGCUCCUGGGCCAAGCCGGAGCCAACGCCGCCCUGGCGGGUUGGCUGUAUGCCUCGCUGCCGCCGGGCAUCGGGGGGUCGGGGGAAGACUACAGCGAGGCGGGCAUUCACUUCCCGUGGCUGCCCGCGCUGGUGUGCACUGGCGCGGUGUUCCUGGGGGCAGAGAUCUGCCCCUACUCUGUGUGUUCGCGGCAUGGGCUGGCCAUCGCCUCGCACAGCGUGUGCCUGACCCGACUCCUGAUGGCGGCCGCCUUCCCGGUGUGCUACCCGUUGGGCCGCCUGCUGGACUGGGCGCUGCGCCAGGAGAUCAGCACCUUCUACACGCGGGAGAAACUGCUGGAAACGCUGCGGGCAGCGGACCCCUACAGCGACCUGGUGAAAGAGGAACUCAACAUCAUCCAGGGCGCCCUGGAGUUGCGCACCAAGGUGGUGGAGGAGGUGUUGACCCCCCUCGGGGACUGUUUCAUGCUGCGCUCGGACGCGGUGCUGGACUUUGCCACUGUCUCCGAGAUACUUCGAAGCGGCUACACUCGCAUCCCGGUGUACGAGGGCGACCAGCGCCACAACAUUGUGGACAUUCUAUUUGUCAAGGACUUGGCCUUCGUGGACCCCGACGACUGCACCCCACUUCUCACUGUCACCCGCUUCUACAACAGGCCUCUGCACUGCGUCUUCAAUGAUACCCGGCUGGACACGGUGCUGGAGGAGUUUAAGAAGGGAAAAUCUCACCUGGCCAUUGUCCAGCGGGUGAAUAACGAGGGAGAAGGGGACCCUUUUUAUGAGGUGAUGGGCAUUGUCACACUGGAGGACAUCAUAGAGGAGAUCAUCAAGUCAGAGAUCCUGGACGAAACUGACCUCUACACCGACAAUCGGAAAAAGCAGAGGGUCCCACACCGGGAGAGGAAGCGGCAUGACUUCUCCUUAUUUAAGCUUUCCGACUCAGAAAUCAGAGUGAAGAUCUCGCCACAGCUUCUGCUAGCCACACACCGAUUCAUGGCCACAGAAGUGGAGCCUUUUAAGUCUUUGUACCUUUCGGAGAAGAUCCUGCUCCGUCUCCUGAAACAUCCCAAUGUGAUCCAGGAGCUGAAAUUUGACGAGAAGAAUAAGAAGGCCCCAGAACACUACCUCUACCAGCGCAACCGCCCUGUGGACUACUUUGUGCUGCUCCUACAGGGUAAAGUGGAAGUGGAGGUCGGUAAGGAAGGCCUUCGCUUUGAGAAUGGAGCCUUUACCUACUAUGGUGUCCCAGCCAUCAUGACUACUGCUUGCUCAGAUAAUGACGUGCGGAAGGUUGGAAGUCUGGCUGGAUCCUCUGUCUUUCUGCCCGUCUCUGUGUCUCGUACCUUCGCCUUCAGCAGAGGGGACUCUCUGGCAGGCUCCCCAGUAAACCGGUCCCCUUCUCGCUGCAGCGGCUUGAAUCGCUCUGAGUCUCCAAAUCGAGAGCGCAGUGACUUUGGUGGGAGCAACACCCAGCUGUACAGCAGCAGCAACAACCUGUACACGCCCGACUACUCCGUCCACAUUCUCAGCGAUGUGCAGUUUGUGAAGGUCACACGACAGCAAUACCAGAACGCACUCACAGCCUGCCACAUGGACAGCUCGCCCCAGUCUCCAGACAUGGAGGCCUUCACUGACGGAGACUCCACCAAGGCUCCCACAACCCGGGGCACACCCCAAACCCCCAAGGAUGACCCUGCCCUCACGCUCCUGAACCACAGGACCAGCCUGCCAUGCAGCCGCUCUGAUGGGCUGAGAAGCCCUGGCGAGGUGGUGUACCUGAGGAUGGAGGAGAUGUCCUUCACCCAAGAAGAAAUGACUGACUUCGAGGAGCAGAGGACACAGCAACUCUCCCUGUCUCCUGCAGCCGUUCCCACAACAGCAGCAUCAGAUAAUGAAUGUUGUAAUAUCAACCUGGACACAGAGACCAGCCCUUGCAGUAGUGACUUUGAGGAAACCAUGGGCAAGAAGCUGCUGAGAACCUUAAGUGGUCGAAAAAGGAAGAGGUCAGCAGAUGGGGAGAGAACCUCUGAGGAAAACUCCAAUUUAACACCUCUGAUCACAUGACCAGACAAAGAGCGUUUGCUGGAUGUGUGAGAGUCCAGGGCUUUGCGGGAAGGCCGGCCCUGCCCGUCAUCUGCUUCCCCCAGGGCCUCCCGCAGGUGACAGAGCAUUUCUGCCUUCCUUUCCACCUCUUCACCCCUAGCUGUCGUUUUUUUUUUUUUUGGCAGAUUUUUCCUUAUUGCCUCCAGUUUGACUCAGAGCCUUGACAGAAGAAGGUGCCUCUAAUGGAACAUGCUAGAAAUGGUCUUGUCCAUAGCACAGUCUGGGAGAUGACCUCCAAGCUGACAAUGCCACUCUGGGACCCCUGACAUUCUUCUUUGUUCUUUGGGAUCCCCUGUGCCAUAGCAGACCCAUGUCUUGGGGUUCACCAUUCUUUCCUCCAGAAAAAAAUGAUAACUUCGUGCCAUAUCUCAUGCUUAGCUUAACUCAGAAGGUGCCACUGGCAGAUAGGCACAAAGGAGGCUGGAGUAGCAGGUAUGAAGAUUAGUUCAGGGAAUGGACCAAUAAUUUCUCCAGAACUUUGGAGAAUGGGACUCAGCUGUGUUGGGCUGUGAUUAAUGUUACAGCACAGAAAAUUGUCAGUGACUGUUCCUAUUAGAUAGCAGCUUCACAGCCUGGAGACGUGUGUCUCAGCUGGACUGGAAAGAAUGUAAGAUGGAAUCUCAAGUCACUGUUUUUCCCAGGGACACAUCUGUUUUGGCUCCUAAUCCACAGGCAUUAAUCGAUCAAUGAAUCUGCUCUGGAAGAGGAGGAACAGUGAAUGGAGAAAGCCAAUUGGGAGCCAGAGAUGGAAUUUCAGGUUUUAAGUGAAAAAAAGAAAAACGAAACAGAAAACUGAUAUGGAAAAGUUCUAAGCUAUUAAAGCAAGUUUAGCCAUGACAAACCAAAGAGUGCCCAGGUCAGCCAAGAAGGAUGUAUGUGCGCAUGGGACUUCAGUGUGCAUUACACAGGAAUGUUGAAGAAUCACUCUUCUUCUUCAUCCAUUUCCCCCACCCCUUACUAAACACCGGCAGGUCGCUAAGUGUACUUUAUUCCAAGAACUUAACUACACCUGAGUUUUCUCCUGAAUGUUGGAGAACCACAAGGUGGAAGAAUGACUGCACAUACCCACUUCCAAGUUGUGAUCAGGAAUCACCACAAGCUUAGGAAAAUCUUGGAAGUAAGUGCAGUUUGUCUGUGGGGCACCUGUCUGCCUUUCCAAUCUAUUUCCCACCCAUUCGAAAGCCCUUAGUUAGGGCCCAAUGAUCUUGUGCUGCCUGAUGAAUAUUCAAACCAUUCCCAAGCAUUUCCCUGUUGCACACCAUUUGAGCCUCCCUCCCCUUUCUCCAAACCACCACUCCCUCUCUACACCCAGUCAAUCAGUUUCCUGGGAAGUAGGAGACCAGCAAUUCCUCUGGGUUAUUUGCAUCUCAAAGGAAAAUGCUUACCCACAGGAACCUUUGACUCAGGAGUUCUUAACCUGGGGUCCAUCACCCCAGGGGGGUCCAUUGCUGGACUUCAGAAGGUUCCUGAAACCUUCAGAAGGUCUUAAAACUGUCAGAAUUUAGUGUAUGUGUUCUCAUGUUUUCCAGAGAGUUGAAAGUUUUCAUAAGCUUAAACUUCUCAAAGUUCUCAGACCCACAAGGGUUAAAAAAUAAAAAUUAAAAAACUAUUUUCAUUAGUGGAACUUUCAGCCCAGCCUUUCUGCAAUGCAGAGUGAAUACUGGGCAGUUCAUUUUUAAUUAUAAGUGGUCUUCUCCAGUGUCCCUCAAUUGAUGGGAAAGGCUGGCAUCUACCAAGAAGCAGGAGUCCUCAAAAAUUCACACCCUAAAGUAUUAUACAACCUCCAUCCCACAUAACUUUGGCCUAUCACCCCCCCACCAAACCAGAACAGGUAUUGCAGACCGGAGGACCACAGCAUGUGGGAGUAAAGAAUUGAGCUGGAGUUGCCUCUUCCAGCAAAGCAUUACUGACUUUGACACACCCCUGGCCUGGCCUGGCCUGGCUGGAGGCUCAGCAUGCAUGUGUUCUCUUGCUAACUCCACAGCCACCUACUCCUCACCUGCUCUUGCCUGGUUGGAACAGAGAGGGUAAGCCCUCAGUGCUGCCUCAGACCCAGACUAUUUAUAGUGAGUUUUGAGCAAGAACUGCCAUCCUGCAGUCUUCUUGCCCAGCUGGCCACUGGCCCACAGGGGCCUACCUGGCCAGACUUCCACCAGGCUCAGCCCACUCCUGUUGCUUUGUACCUAUCCCUUGGCAGAACCCCUGAGGAGCUUGUCACCACUCCUCUCCCUAUCCCCACCCCCAAGUAUUUUCUUCAGGUUAAAAAAAAAAAAAGAUUUUAAAAUAAAGCAUUUAUGAAGGCUCAAUAAAUUGUAAAUAAUUUUUAAAUAAAAUGAAAAUGCAUU